UUGAGUUACUUGGGUAAUUGGUGCAUAAAAACGGAACCACCUAUAACACCAUGCGAUAAACAAUGGCUCGGUAGAGGACCAAUGCAAGAUGUGACUACGCAAAAACACGAUUAUCAAUGGAAAUCAAUAAAACCAUCUGAAUCGAUCAAAAGAAGAGAUAAUUUGUAUCUACCAUGUGCUUCCAUAUCUGAUGACACGACUUAUCGUUUAAGUUAUUUCCCUGUUAAUUGUCAUUUACCUACGGAAUCUUAUACACCUAAAAGAAAUUAUUGCAAACCGUUAAUACCAAUGGAUGGUUGUACGACAUAUAGGUUGAGUUAUUGGCCAACUGAGACACAAAUUAAGACAGAUCAGCCAUGGAAAAAGAAGGGAGAAUAUCAUAGACCAGUUGAUCCUAUGGAAAAUUGUACGACAUAUAAAUUAAGUUAUUGGCCACAUUGUGAAAAACCUCGUUCACCUUUUACAAUGCAGGAUACAGAAAACUUACUCAAUGCAGAUUGUUGUUUCAACGAUGAUACAAUUUAUCAAUUGAGUUAUUUCAAUUGCGGAGGUGAAAGAAGUGACGCAUUUAAACCACAGGGAAAUAUUUGUCUAUCGUCUUGCCCACUUUCUCACGAUACAGUACACAAAUUGAGUUUCUUAGGAAAUUGGUCAGUAACACCAGAAAAAUCAAUGACACCGUGCGAUAGACAAUUAUUAGGUAGAGGACCUAUGCAAGAUGAAACAACUCAGAAACAUGAUUAUACAUGGCGUUAUUGUACACCAUCACGAGAAAUAAGACCAGAAAAUAAUCUAACGUGUGCCCCAAUUCCAUUGGAAUGUUGUACAACGCAUAAAUUAUCGUACAUACCGAACGAUAGUACGACAUUAUUACGUAACAAUUCUUAUGCACCGUGUCGUCAAUAUCAACCACCAAAUUUACCAAUGGAAUCAGAAACAACCAUGCGUUUGAGUUAUCAACCAGUUGAACCAGCUGAUCGUGUACCAAAACCUUGGAGCAAAAUACCAUCUUAUCAUAAACCUGUUACACCAUUGGAUGACAAUACGACUUAUAAUUUAAGUUAUAUUCCACCUGGAACACUAGUACCAUUGCCACCGUGUUAUACAUCUUGUUCUACGUCAAAUAAUUGUAACAUGCCACCUUGUCAACCUUGUCAACCAUGUCAGAUAUUAAUGAUGAUCUUGGGCUUGGCAAUAGCCCAAGAACAAAAUUAUCGUAACAAUUAUCAAGAAGAUGAACGACAAAAUGCUGCUACCGAUGGAAGACGUUUUUCAACGACAACACCAAUUCCUAUUUUACAUUGGAACAAACAACAGGAACACGAUGGAACUUAUAAAACUAGUUACGAAACUGGGAAUAAUAUCAUUGCCGAAGAGAGUGGUUACAUCAAAACGGUAGGCGAAGGUGCGGAUCGAACUGAGGCAUUGGUACAACAGGGGAGUUAUUCCUACAUGAGUCCUGAGGGCCAGUUGAUCACCAUUCAUUAUACCGCGGAUGAAACUGGCUUUCACGCGUCCGGUGAACAUAUUCCCACGCCACCGCCAGUAGGCGAAGAAAUUCAGAAAGGCCUCGACCUCAUCUUUGCAGGCAUUCGACAACAAGAGGAAGCAGACGCAAGAGAAGCUGCAUCGAAAAAUCAACCACAACCACAGAGUCAACAAAUUGAUAGGAGGGACGAUUACGAUAAAAAAUUCCGACAAUGAGGAUUAAUAUGAAAAAGAUUUUCUUUUAACACGUACACAAUAAUCAAUUUUUCAUUCGUAAUCACCAAUAGAGACAUCAACACUUUUGUUUAGUUUCUAGCGUAUUAUACUAUAUAUGUAUGAAUACUAUGGCGUAUUUUCUAAGAAGUAGCAAUUAAGUUCGUAGAUCACAUAUUAAAAUACUUAUGUCCCUGUUUCAUCAAUAAUAAUCGAUAAUACAUUCGAUGAUUACGUACAUUUGUAAUCAAAUGCCAAGAAUUAUUGUUCCUUCAAUUAUAUUUCCUGUUAUUAUCCUUGCACAUUUAUUUUUAACACUAAAACCUAUUUCUUCAUCUAUACUUAUUCCUUAUUAUCUUUAACAAAAAUAUAGAUACAUAUAUAUUACGCCUUUUUUUUUUUAUAUAUAUAAAUUAUAGGAAACAAACUGAUAGGCUUAGUAUUUCAAAAAAAUGUGAAAACAAAUUUAAGAAGAAUUUCUAAAAUUCAAUCUUCUUACAUUUAAUAUUUGAAUUUAUUAUUUUACAUAAAAUACAUAACGAUCUCUUUAAAUGAUUUCUAUUAACGAAUAGAAAUUAUUUAAAAGCGAUUACAUCAUUACGUUCAAUGAAAGUAAAGGUAAGUAAUGUUAAGGUCAAAUGAACGUUGAACGUGAAACGAUAGAACAAUUAUUUAUUCUAUUUGGAAUGACUAUGAAUUAUAAAAGUAAUUCGUUAUACGGAAAUAAAGCAUCUUUAUUAUUAGUUGUAAAUUAUACGGUGUUCUUUUUUUCUUUCUUGAAUAAUAAUUUAAAAAGAAAAAAAAAU